AUGAGGGGCACAGCAUCCACAUCUGUGACGGUGGGGCUGGGGAUAGGAGAAGGAGGUGAUGAGGUGGCAUACGGCAGUUUUCGGUACUACCCGUUUACAUCUAUCCAACGACAAGAGCUGGAGCAUCAAGCCAUGAUAUACAAGUAUCUAGUGGCGGGUCUGCCCGUGCCACCUGACCUCAUCUUGCCAAUACGCCAUAGUUUCGAGGCACUCUCGGCCCGGCUUUUCCACCACCCUUCACUGGGCUACUGCUCCUACUAUGGGAAGAAAUUCGACCCAGAGCCCGGAAGGUGCCGGAGGACAGACGGGAAGAAGUGGAGAUGCUCGAAGGAUGCGCAUCCCGACUCCAAGUAUUGCGAACGGCAUAUGCACCGUGGCCGCAACCGUUCAAGAAAGCCUGUGGAAUCCCAAAACAACUCAUCUCAGUCCAUCCCCACUGCACUGCCACACGUGUCUGGAGGCAGCAACAUUACCGGAAACUUCCAGAACAUGCCCUUGUAUUCAGUCAUGGGCACCCAGAGUUCCCCCUAUGGGAGCAGCGUGGCGAAGCUGCAAAUGGAGCCCGUCUCGUAUGGAAUAAAUCACAAGGAAUUCAGGUAUAAUAAUAAUAUUCAGGGACUGACUCUUGAUCCUGAUGAUCAAGGUUUCUCAUCAGAAGCUUCCGCCCUGGGUUUGAGCUGCAACUCAGGAGACGCCACGUGGCGGCUCAUGCCCACUCAAGUCUCCUCGAGCUCCCUUCUGAAAGAGAAACCCGAUACUCAGUUUCUGGGCUCAUCCUCAGCCCCACGAAACAUUGCCCAUGCUUUUGAGCCCAUGAGUGCCGCCAUUUCUAGACAGCAAGAGCAACACGCGGUGCAUCCUUUCUUUAGCGAGUGGCCAAUGAACAAGGAAUCAUGGUCCACUCUGGAUGAUGAUGAUGACGGGUCAAACAAGAAUGUUUUCUCCUCCACGCAGCUGUCCAUCUCGAUCCCGAGGGCAUCUUCUGAUUUUACUUUGAGGGGUGGUAACUCCCCUAAAUGGUGA